AUGCUUUCGUGCAAGGACCUGUUCGUCUUUGCUCUGGCCGCGCUGGCCUGGACGGCACUCGCGGCCGCAUCAUCAAGUGGACGCAGCAAUGGCACAAGAGAGUACAACAUCCGCCUGUCGUGGGAGCAGAAUGAUCUCGCCGGGGUGCCCAGGAAGAUGAUGCUCGUCAACGGGCAGUCUCCUGGGCCGGUGAUGGAGCUGGACCAGGACGACUGGGUGGUUGUCAAUCUCAUCAACGACACUCCCUUUAACACGUCAAUACAUUUCCAUGGCAUCGAAAUGCACCAGACGCCAUGGGCCGACGGCGUCCCCGGCGUGACACAGCACCCCGUUCACCAAGGCAUGACAUUUACCUACCGCUUCCGCGCGACGCAAUACGGCAGCUUCUGGUACCACUCGCACCUCCAAGGCCAAAUCGAAGACGGAUGCUACGGCGCGAUAACGAUUCACCCCCGAGCCGGCGACCCGAAGCCGUUCCACCUCAUCGCCGGCGGAGACGCAGGCGUACAGAAGGCGCUGGAGGACGCCGAGGCCCAAGUAUACCCGCUGCUGAUUGCGGACCUGACGCGGCUCGAGUCCAACACGAAAUGGAAGAUGUCCGAGGAAGCCGGAAUAGAGGUGUCGUGCUACGAUGCGCUGCUCUUCAACGGCAAGGGGAGAGUGACGUGUCUGCCCCCGGACGAGAUGGCGGCCAAGAUGAGCCCGACGACGCAGCGCGACCUGGCGCUGGUGCCGGGAUCGAAGCUGACGGACAAAGGGUGUCUGCCAGCCAGGGUCAUGGCCGCAUUUGGCGGCGACGCCAACGCCCUCAGGCAAGACAAGGUCAUCCCGGGCGUCUUUGAGGGCUGCAAGGAGACGGAAGGCGCCACGGAGGUUAUCAACGCAACGUACAGAGGCGACGGGGCGCACGAUUGGAUCGCCAUAGACCUGAUCGGGGCGACCAACUUUGCCACGCCCGUCGUGUCCAUCGACGGGCACGACAUGUGGUUGUACGCCAUGGACGGGUCGUACAUUGAGCCGCAAAAGGUGCAGAUCAUCAACAUGGCCAACGGCGAGCGGUACGGCGUCCUGGUGCAGCUCGGCGGCGCGGGGCAGUUCAAGAUCCGCGCCAACUCCAACACGGCGGCGCAGAUGAUUGUCGGCAACGCGGUGCUCAACGUCGAAGGACAGCAGUCCGGCAACUCGACCAAGAAGGAGGCCAAGGCGUACAUUGACAUAGUCGGCAACCCGACGUCCAAGGACCUCGUCAUCUUCGACCAAGCCAUCGCGCACCCCUUCCCGCCCGCGCCCGUCGCGCAGCGCGCCGACGCCACCUUUGUGCUCAACAUGCGCCUCGACGGCGCGAGCUACCUUUGGGCGCUCAACAGCUCGCGGCUGCAGCCCAUGGCCUUUUUCGACGCGCGGCCGCCCGUGCUCUUCAACCCCAAGCCGUGGGAGCACGACAACGUGACCAUCACGACGCGCAACGGCACAUGGGUCGACCUCGUCUUCCUGUCGAGCGUGUACCCGAUGCCGCCGCACCCGAUCCAUAAGCACGGCAACAAGAUGUUCCAGAUCGGCUCCGGGCAGGGCGACUGGCGGUGGGCCAGCGUCGAGGAGGCGCUGCGCGACGUGCCGGGCCAGUUCAACCUGCGCGACCCGCCGCAGAGGGACGGCUUCCUGUCGCUGCAGGCGACGAAAGGCCGCAACUGGGUGGUGGUGCGGUACGAGGUGGUGAACCCGGGCGCGUGGCUGCUGCACUGCCAUAUCAACAACCACAUGAUGGGCGGCAUGAUGAUGAUUAUACAGGACGGCGUGGAUGCGUGGCCGGUCAAGCCGAAUGAGCAUGGGCAUGGUACAUAUUGA